CAGCUGCCCCAGAACUGAAGUCCGGGCUCAUGUGACCAAGCUCUGGGGUACAUAGGCUGACUCUAGAAGCUCAGGAUAAGGCUAUGAAACUCAAGGGAGUUGGAGUGUUGAACUGCAGGGCAAUCUAUCAAGACAAAGACCAGAAGGAUCCAGUGCCCACAAGGCUUCCCCCUAUUUCCUCAGAAGAUGGGAAUUAUUCUGUGCACCAAAAUAGCCACACAAAGUACCACGAAGCUGUUCGGAAGGUAUCGUUAAAGACAUUCCCUAAUCAGGUCUUCAGGGUCCCCCUGACUGAUGCUCAGAACUUCAGCUUCUGGCGGUCCAACACUGCAGGAGUGCGCCCAGAAGAGACCAUGCCGUGGAUCCGGAACCCCCGCCACUGCCUCAUCAAAAGCGCAAUGACCAGGUUUAUGGAUCACUCUAUUCUCAAUGACAGGAACUUCAGUCUGUAUUAACCAGGAUAUGUUAGCAGAAGGACAAGAUAGUACUGCGGAUGGAGCAAUGAAGAGGUGGUAUCCUGGUUCCGAUGGCUGACUAAUGGGGAGAGGGGACUGAGAAAGUGCAAUAAAUAGACUGAUCUAGAAGUAACUUGUGUACACAGGAAAUGAGUGAGUGGGAAAUUAUUCCCCAAUUCCUGUGAGAUCAGGAUUGUGAGAGAUUCCUGAAGGAGUCAGAGCUUGGUACUUAGUUUGGGAGGGGCCAGGACAGACCACUACAAGGGGUUCUGAGCUCAUGUAUGGUAGGAGUCAGAGUCACGAAUGCUGCCGGGCCUCAGAGGGGUCACGUUCUCUGCAGACUCUGCAGCUUCAUCUUAGCAGAUGAGAGAGGUCUACAGAACCCCCGGCAGGGGCCUGCCCCCUCCACCAGGCUUUGCCACUUCGGACCCAACCCAGGGCCCAGAACAGCUGCAGAGAACAGGGAAUUUUACAAAGAGUUUGAUUUUUAUUGAUAUUUAAAUAUAUUAAAUAUUUCACUGAAAUACAACGGUAUGCCACCCUCCCCCCGGCCUCCAUGCUGGUUACAUUAAAAAACCAAAGUCCAUGGGCCUCCCAUCCACUGACUCCCCCACCAACUGGCAAGGAAGGGGGCAAUAUCAGCCCGGGGGAAAUGCAUGGCUGGCACUGUGGUGCAGGGAGCCAGGGUGCAGACAGGCCCCUUCCACUAGCAAGAAGCAGACACGAGUCACUCACUUCUGCUGUAAGUGAAGCAGUCUUCCACUCUGGCCUCCUUACAGCCUCCUCCCCACCCCAGGACCCCAUGCAGAACCUUCCUGUCCAGGGCUGUGGCUGAGGGAAGGGGAGCUGACUUCAUCUGGACCACCUAGUCUUUUCUCUUCUCCUGCCUUGGCUAAUGAAGUGACUGAUGGCCCACUUGGUUGAUACAUGAAGAUCCCCCAGAGCAGUCAGUACGAGCCAGAAACAACCUCUGCAA